CUGUUGGUGCGUUACCGUGGCAACGGGUUUCGGGGAUUCCCCGGCGGUGACGUAAGGGAAUUUCCACGAAGCAACUUUGAACGUGAUUUGUAAAGCGAGAUAUUCGCCACACCGUCGAGAGCUCUGAUCGCACGAGGUCGCGUGUAAUAAGCAGAAGCUGAAGCUGUUUUCUCCGGUUAGUACACCUACUGUGUUUAAUCAGUCAAGGCAGAGAAGGCGGAAAUGAGCGUGUAAGAGCAGUUAAGCGAAAAGAAAACAACACGAAGAGGCAGAUUUUCUCUAUCCGACUUCACCUUGCCAUGAAAAUAAUGAACGGGGCGAUUCAUAACGGCGUUCUUGGUCCGAGAGAUCUUGAACUCGGUGAGUCUUCAGAUGAUCAGAUGAAGUCUGUAUAAUUCUGAAAUGUCAUAGACGAAUUUCUAUCAGAGAAUUCAUGUAAAGAAAAGCUCCCAGGUCCUCCUCCUCUACCUGCAGACUCUGAUGAUCAGCUUCACAACCCAUUAUUGACGGUUGGUUGCAGCUCUGCUCCAGUGCUGGUCUCUAGAUGUACAACCUCAAAGAAUUUUGACAUGUUCCCUUCAUCCAGCACAUCAGUGCUUCCAUCAUCUCGUGGCACUAGAGGCCAGCGGCGCAGUACGGCUUCAGCAGCGGCUCAGCGUGUGCGUCCUCAGCACACAGGCACCGAACAGCUGGAGCAGUUGCUGGACAAACCAGAACUGGUGGUGGUGGAACAGCCCAAGGAACGCGGCAUGAGGUUCCGCUACGAGUGUGAGGGCCGAUCGGCCGGCAGCAUCCUGGGAGCCUCAAGCACCGAUGUAAAGAAGACGCUACCUGCCAUUGAGCUUCAAGGCCCAAUUGACAGGAUAAAAAAUGUGACAAUCACCGUGUCGCUUGUGACGAAGGAUCUCCCUCAUCGCCCACACCCGCACUGCCUUGUUGGAAAAGACUGUUCAGAGGGCGUUUGUGUGAUCACUUUUAACCCCCACAACACACGACGCCACAGUUUUGUGAAUUUAGGCAUCCAGUGUGUUCGGAGGAAGGAAUUGGAUACUUCCCUGUUGAAGAGGAAGAAGAAAAACAUCGAUCCAUUCGGCACUGGCCAUUCGAAGAGCAUUGAGGACAUAGACAUGAAUGUAGUGAGGCUAUGCUUCCAGUGUGAGCUGGAGAGAGAAGACGGGGACAGGACUCAGCUCUACCCUGUGGUGUCUAACCCCAUUUAUGACAAAAAAGCUACUACAACUGCAGAACUGAAAAUCAACAGGCUAAACAUUGUGCAAGGUCCCUGUACAGGCAAGACGGAGAUCUACAUGCUCUGUGACAAAGUGCAAAAAGAUGACAUCGAGAUCAUCUUCAGUUUGGGCAACUGGGAGGCAAAGGCCGAGUUUGCGCAGACCGACGUGCACCGACAGAUCGCCAUCGUGUUCAAGUCACCACCGUAUCAGGAGCAGGACGUCGCUGAUGCGGUUGAGGUUAACGUGUCUCUCCGACGUAUUUCAGAUCGUAUGUACAGCGAGCCGGUGAAGUUUACCUACCUGCCUUACAAUCCAGAUCCUUACGAGGUCAAACGAAAAUGCAAAUUAAAAUCCGACCGAAAGUUUAACGAGAACUGCGUUGUCAGUGCAGAUGCGAUGAUUAACACACCAGGUCCAGCACAGCCGUUUCUGCUCCAGGAUGAGAGCCAGGCCAUGUUCACUCCAGUCAUGGAUGAGAUUCAGUAUCCUGAGAACGAUCUCCAGUUGGACAGCCCGUCUGUCAGCCUGGACCCAGAGUCAAUCAGCACCCUGCUGUUGAGCAUUAAUGAGUGCCUGGGCAACCAGACCUUUCUCCAGCUGUUGAACAGCCAAGAUCUCAAUUCCAGCUCCACAGAUACAAACCUGAAUCCUCCGGAAGCCGGCAAGCCUCAGAUUUCUUCAUUUGUUGACCCGUUUUACGACCCAGAACUUCCACAAGACUUGCACGACAUUUUCUUACGUCAGGUCAAAACUGAAGAAGACUCGUGAAGACCUCAGUAAAUGCUUGUAAGACUAGAGACCUAGACAGAGCUCGUCAUUUUCAUUAUUGGAAAAUAAGGAUUUGGAGUCUACUCCAGAAGCGUGCAUGUAGUUUUAGAUUCACACUGGAUGCCAUUUGUACUGUCUUUUUGUGGGCUCUCAAAAUGACCAUUGAACCUUUUGGAAUUGAAGGACAAAUCUGAGGACAGUCAGAAAAUGGGCUGUGUGAGAGCACCAUAAAAUGGCAGCUCAGACUCUGGCCUUUCUCUACAUUGGACUGUGUGUGUAGUGUCUAGUGAGCAUGAGCUUGAUGCCGUUCUGCAUGAUGUAAGCUUUGGGAGAUGCAUAUAACAUAUUUUAGGUUCUCCAGCCCAAAGAAAAAGAUUGUUGUUUGUAUGCUUUGUUUUUUUUAGGAGUAAUUAACAAAUAGGCCAUUAGUGGAUUGCAGAAGCUUCAUAUUGUGAACCUGUUUAGACCAAACUGCAGCUUUUCCACCUUCAUCCGUGUAUAUACGCAAUUUUCAUGUCUAAAGAAAACAGUGGGCUUGUUUUUGGACUAAUAUGUCCAUGUCUUUUGCUUGGAAGAACAUCGUGUUCCUGCUGUAGCAUUAAACGGGAUUAAUUUUAUUCAUUUUAAGAUUGGCAUUUUGUAAAAAAAAAAAAAAAAAAAAAGAUUGAAUAACGUAGCAGAUUGGAAACAGAAGGAUUAACUUAGAUGCAUCUUUCUAAAUAAUUCCACUUGUAAGGUAUACUGUAGUGUAAAUAAGGAACAAAAUUGCUUCACGUUGGAAAAUAUUAUAAUCUGUGUGUCUUGAAUUAAAGGCUUGGCUUAGA